AUGGCGGAGGAGGUGUGGGUGGGAAGCUGGAGGCCCCACCGCCCGCGGGGGCCCAUCAUGGCCCUCUACAGCAGCCCCGGGCCCAAGUACCUGAUCCCGCCCACCACGGGCUUUGUGAAGCACACACCCACCAAGCUGCGUGCACCCGCCUACAGCUUCCGCGGGGCCCCCAUGCUCCUGGCAGAGAACUGCUCCCCAGGGCCUCGCUACAGCGUGAACCCCAAGAUCCUGAGGACCGGCAAAGACUUUGGACCCGCCUUCUCCAUCCUGGGGCGCUACCACUCCAAGACCAUGCUGACCCCCGGCCCCGGCGACUACUUCCCAGAGAGGUCGACCAGGUACGUGUUCGACUCAGCGCCCAGCCACUCCAUUUCCGCCCGGACUAAGACCUUCCAAGUGGACAGCACCCCAGGCCCUGCCGCGUACAUGCUGCCGGCAGUGAUGGGGCCCCACGCUGUGGGCAAGGCCUCGCAGCCCUCCUUCUCCAUCAAGGGCCGCAGCAAGCUGGGCAGCUUCAGCGAUGACCUGCACAAGGUGACAGUGACCAAGCCCUGCGCCCCCAUCAUCACCUUCGGCAUCAGACAUUCUGACUACAUGACGCCCCUGGUCGUGCAAGUGGAGUAG